GUGGGCGGAGCCGAGCCGCCGGGCAGCGGUGGGAACGCGGCGAGCGCGGCCGACCCGGGGCCGCGCAGUUCGCACUUACCGGUCUGGGGCGGGAGGGACGCUCCGCCGCUCUCCCGAUGGGGCUGUGCUUUCCCUGUCCCGGGGACUCCGCGCCUCCCUCGCCGGACCCGGCAGAGAAAAGAGCAAAACUUGCAGAGGCUGCAGAGAAAAGACAGAAGGAGGCUGCAUCUCGGGGCAUUUUGGAUGUUCGUUCUGUGGAAGAAAAGAAAAAGAAAAAGGAAAAAAUGGAAAAACAAAUUGCUACUACGUCUGGGCCCCCACCAGAAAGUGGACUUAGAUGGACAGUUUCAUGAAGGAUAAUAUGAGUCUACUGCCAAUAACUAGUACCUGCAAUCAAGUGGACGUGCUCAAUUGAAUUUCUUCUUUUGAAUAAAUGAAGAUUCAGACUGUAAUUUUAGUGCCCUUAAAUGCAGUGCUUUUUCAGUAUUGAAAUAUCAGAAAUGCUUUUGAUUUUCAGACUUAAAAAAAUGGCCAGAACUUUCAUUAAAUACUUAUUUUCCUACAGUUGCUCAUCUGCUGGGAGUGGAUAAUUUGCCACUUUGAAUAGUUAAAACAUGGACCUAAAUAGUGAAUAUAUAUACAUUGCAUGUAAGGUUUCUGUAUUCAUCUCAAAUAUUGAAAUUUGCCAUAUCAUUUUCCCUCCUUUAUAAAAUGAUCUAGCUAUUUAUAGUUGUGCUGCUUAGCCUUUUAUCUCCUUUCAUUUCAUUAUGUAUGAAAACCUUUGCUUAAACUUAUGGACUUAGUGCCUUUAAAUUGACCAUCAGGGAAAAUUUUGAAAAAUCACUUGAAGGGCUUAUAUGAAGGAUCACUGUACAUUUUUAUAACAUACUAAGUAAUGAGUAUUUGUACAAAGUACUGAAUUUCUCCUAAUUUAUUUUCUAUUUAUGUAGCUUAUAAACAUAACAUACUAUGUUUUACAUUACAAUAAUUUGUUUCUUUGCUUGCUGAAUUUAAAAUUAUGUGUUAGUGGUACCAUCAGAGGGCAGUAAUGUGCUAUUAUUACAAUAUCAGAUUCAGCUCUGUGAAGAUCUUUGUAGUAAUUAAGUGAGUUAAGAAUCUGAAUGGGUUAUAUAUACUGAGUGGUAAUACAUUUGUCCAAAUUUCAUAGGUGUGUUUAUUCUUUUGUAUUUAUUAAGACAUGGUCAUAAGAUUGAUACAGAUGUGAAAUUGUCAAGGCAAGUAUGAAUGUAUGAAAGAGAAACGUGCAGGUACUGUAUUUAAAAACGACUACUUUAAACAUAAAAAUAUUGCUAGGUAUUUCUGUAUGAUGCAUAGUCAAAUUUGUAGAUUUUUGUUUAUUAGUAACAUGAGUUUUAUAGCAUUUUUGUUUUUUGAAUUUUUGUUUUUAAUAUAUAAUAAGCUAAAAUAGAAGAACUGCCGUAUCUUUUAAUUAGCUAGUAUGGCUCCUAACUCUUGGAUGGCAAGGCUAUAUAUACUCUGAGCCCUCACUUAGAAUUUGCAGAUACUGAGUGCCAACAGAGACUAAAUUAAAUAGACCAGCUCAAUUGAAUUACAGAAAGGAAACUGAGCACUAUCUUACUCAUCCCUCCCACAAUAUUUGUGUUAUAUUGUAAUAUUUUGUAUAUGUUUUUAGAGACUUUGCACUAUAGCAUAGAUCUCCUGACUUUUCAUGGAAAAAUUACCUUUUCUAUUAUGACAUGAAAUAUUCUAUGAUAUGCACACAACACAUACAUUUGGGCUCAAUUUUCUUCAUCCUUUAGAGGAUUAGUUGUAUUUUGUUCAUAAAGAGUAGUGAAAUUAUUGAGUUGCAUUUUAGAAAUAAAGUUCUGACUUUAUGAACAUGAUUAAUUUUUCCAUGGCUGGAAGGAAAAAGGAUCAUUAAUAGCUCAGUGGAUAUGGAAGCAGAGCAUAUCAUCUUUGAUUUGCACAAAUCUUUCCUUCGUUUUAAUACAGUAAGAAAAAUUUUAUCUGUACUACAUCUUAAAGAAUUAUACUUGGGUUAGUGUAAACAAAAGGUUUCCAUCUAGGGAAUAAUGCCCUAUUUCUAAUAGUUUAUAUCCAAAUGCUAUGCUAAUUUACUGUUGAGCCAUGAAUGUUAGGCUGGUAUAUUGCUUUCUGAAAACAGUACGACAUGCUGCUCCAGCCAGCUGUGACUUGCUUCCGUGGGUGUGAUCAGCUUCUCCCACAACCACAUGGGUAUGCAUGGGCUUAGGGAUGAUACUUAAAUGUUAGGAAUAGUUUUAGAAAGGGGAAGGAAAGAGGGGUGGCUAGAUGCCUGAUAGGAAACCAGUAAAUGACUACUUAAAAAAAAAAUAGUACACACACAUGCAGAUACAUCCAGGCAUCUCCCUCAUGAAGUUAUGAAUCAAUUCCUGAUGAAAUCCCUAACUUCGAGCCAUUUUACCAUAAUUCAGUAUUUUAAAAGGAAAACGUUAUCAUGUUUAUGUCACCCAAACCCCCCCAACAAAAUUACUAAAAUAUAAAUGAAGCAGUAAAAUGCAUACACUAUCAUGUUAAAAUGUAAAAUGCUUAAACCAAUCAUCAAACUAUAUGGCAGGUGACAAAAAGAUUUAUGAUUACAUAGCCUGUUUGUUAACAUACUGCAUUUUAUAUGAUGCUGUCAUUCUACUGAUUGUGUUUGGAAUGUAAUUAAUAGUUUUUGCACACAUGCUUAUGUUAUAAAUUCUGUAUUGCCUUAUAGGGAUAUAAAUAUAAAUUUUUCCUACAUGAAAA